ACUGCGGAUGAGACGCCAUUCAUUCGUGAGACUGUUAGCUGUGAAAUAGACCUUUGUCGGAUUCAUAAAGUCCUUUAUCUGCUAUUUUAGGACAUUUUUGUGUAUUAAUAACAUCUGUAGGUGAUCCAACUUGGAUAUAAAGCCGCGUGAAUCACCGAGUUGGCUUGUAUGCUAACCACAGGACAUUACAGGACUCUCAUCCGGCUGUCAAAGCAGCCAAACCGGGACGUUUCUGGGUCUAUUUCUAGUUCCAACCAUGGGUGAGGUGGAGCUGUCCUGUCUGGCUUAUGUGAAGAUGUACCUUCAUUCCUGCCUGUUCCCCCGCUGCAGCGUCAACGGGCUGUUGCUUUCUUCAGGUCCGGCAGGGGGCGCUGUCUGCGUUACUGACUGCGUGCCGCUGCUUCACUCCCACCUGCCUCUUGCUCCCAUCACCCAGCUGGCCCUCACUCAGGUGGAUGUUUGGUGCUCUCAGACUCAACAAAGGAUAGUAGGAUAUUAUCAAGCCAACGCCUGUGCAUCAGACAGCAGCCCGACGCCCUGCGCUCUGAAGAUAGCCGAUAAGAUCGCCGAGCAGUUUGAGAAUGCAGUGUUGUUAAUGCUGGACGGCAGUAAGAUGUCUCCAGAUUAUCGAGUUCCACCGAUCGUCAUGUACGAGCGCAAAGACUCAAAAUGGGUCCUGAAAGACAAACACACGAUCAUGCUGCGGCAGUGGGAGGAGACACGGGCCAUAGCCAGCCAGAUGCUGGAAUCCGGGGACCACGCCAUGUUGGUUGACUUUGACGGCCAUUUGGACGACAUCACUAAGGACUGGACCAAUCAGACGCUCAACGCCAAGAUAGCAGAACUCUCCUCGCCAGCCAACGGCACCAUCUGAUGCCCCGUCCCCGCCCGACACAAACACCCCCAGGAAAGCAGAGCCCAGGAAAAAUAAUUUUAUUUUUGUUCCUGGAAGAACAAAGACAAACAUGCACAAAUGAAAUAUUUACAUCUCGGUUGAUCUCUAUUUCCUCCACGUGCCAACCACAGAAACAGACGUGUUUAACUCCAAAUUCAAUGUAAAAAAAUCUAAUUUUAACACUAAAAAUCCUCCUGUUUUU